AUGAACAACUACUGCACUCUUCUCGGACGGUCGCCUCUGUUUGCAACUUCUGUUGUUCUGAAUUCGGACCUUGGACUCCGAUGGCUGGAGGCCAAUUGGACUUCUCCAGAACAGCUACAAUGGCUUCGAGAUGCAAAGGAUGGCAUCAAGGUCUAUUUUGAGCGCUGUUAUUCGAAGCAUGACAAUGAUAUUUCUGAGAAUAUCUUCGUCACGCCCCCGUUGACGCCAAGACCUGAGCAAAGUAGGUUUGACCAGUGGAUAAAAAGCCGGCAACCCAAGCUCUCGGCAACAGGCAGUGAACUUGAACGAUACUACAGGCUUGAGCCGGAGCAGUUAGAUGACCCCGUUCGUUGGUGGAUUGGCCAUGGCAAUGCUUUCCCGCGCUUGAGUAGGUUUGCGCUGGAUGUUCUUGCUAUUCCGGCUAUGUCAACCGACUGCGAGAGGGCAUUUAGUCUUGCGAAGCUUAUAGUAAGCUCACAGUGA